AUGGCUUCACUGACGGGCAGGGGUAUGAUCGUACACGUCAACAUCGUCAACGGACAAAAGUCGCUGCUGCAAAGGUUCCUGCCCCAGGAACGGGCCUGGCACUCCCGUUUGACCAGCUGUAAUCGAGCCCCUGCUUGUAGCGAGGACGCUGCCCUACCUAGGCUCGCGGAGGGCAACAAGUCCAGCCGCUGGGCAAAGCCCCUUGAUCCAAGAGUCCACGCGGGGCAGCUCCCCCGCAGCCCGGAGGCGGACAUGUGGUCCUCCACGCAGCUGGCCCUUCCCUCCUUCCCCAGCCUGCCCUCCACCGGGGCCGCCGAUGCCCCCACCUGGAGCCCCUCCCCCGGCACAGCGCCCCGCAUCCUGUCGGGACCGGCUGAAGACAGGCGCUUUCUCUUUGCUGCAGGGCUGACCGUGGGACGCACCGUCGCACCUGCCGCGCCGCCCAGGACGGAGGACGGGGCAGGAGCCUAUGAGGUGGUCAGCGCCUCGCUCCUGGACGGAGACUUCUGGAACCCCAGGCGCAGCGCCCACGGCAAGAAUCACCCAGAGGUGCUGACUUUUCGAAUACGCCUGGAGAGCGAGGAGCUGAUCGUGAAUCUGGAACGAAACGAAGGCCUCAUUGCCAACGGUUUCACGGAAACCCAUUACCUGCAGGACGGCACGGAGGUGUCCCUCACUCGGAACCACACGGGUCAUUGUUACUACCACGGGCACGUGCAAGGACACCCCGGCUCCACGGCCAGUCUCAGCACCUGCUCCGGUCUCAGGGGACUCAUUACGUUUGAAAAUAAAAGCUAUGUCCUAGAGCCGAUGGACAAUGUAACCGACAGAUACAAGCUCUUCGCGGCCGAAGCCCUGAAGGGCGUCUGGGGGUCAUGCGGGUCCCAUCCCAGCGCCUCGGGCCCCACUGCAGGCGGCAGGCGCCCACCGCCCUCCCGAACGCGGCAUAAGAGAGAGACCCUGCAGAUGACCAAGUACGUGGAGCUGGUUAUUGUCGCCGACAACCGCGAGUUUCAGAGGCAAGGAAAAGACCUGGGAAAAGUGAAGCAGCGACUCAUAGAGAUCGCUAACCACGUGGACAAGUUUUACAGGCCGCUGAACAUCCGCAUUGUGCUGGUGGGCGUGGAGGUGUGGAGCGACAUCGACAAGUGCCCCAUCGGCCAGGACCCCUUCGCCAGCCUGCACGAGUUCCUGGACUGGAGGAAGGCCAAGCUCCUGCCUCGCAAGUCCCACGACAACGCACAGCUUGUCAGUGGGGUCUAUUUCCAAGGCACCACCAUCGGCAUGGCGCCCAUCAUGAGCAUGUGCACGGCGGAGCAGUCCGGGGGCAUCGUCAUGGACCACUCGGACAGCCCCCUGGGCGCGGCCGUGACGCUGGCGCACGAGCUGGGCCACAACUUCGGGAUGAACCAUGACACCCUGGAGCGCGGCUGCAGCUGCCGGACGGCCCCGGACAAGGGGGGCUGCAUCAUGAACCCCUCGACCGGGCUCCCGUUCCCCGCCGUGUUCAGCAGCUGCAGCCGGAAGGACCUGGAGGCCAGCCUGCAGAAGGGCGUGGGCAUGUGCCUCUUCAACCUGCCCGAGGUCCGGCCGGCCUUCGGGGGCCGCAAGUGCGGGGACGGCUACGUGGAGGAAGGCGAGGAGUGCGACUGCGGGGAGCCCGAGGAAUGUACCAGCCGCUGCUGCAACGCCUCCACCUGCACCCUGACGCCGGGCGCCGUCUGCGCGCACGGGCUCUGCUGCGAACACUGCCAGCUGAAGCCUGCGGGCACGGCCUGCAGGGGCGCCAGCAAUGCCUGCGACCUCCCCGAGUUCUGCUCAGGGGCCAGCCCGCACUGCCCGGCCAACGUGUACCUCCACGAUGGGCACCCGUGCCAGGGCGUGGACGGCUACUGCUACAACGGCAUCUGCCAGACCCACGAGCAGCAGUGCGUCACACUCUGGGGACCAGGCGCGAAGCCCGCCCCCGGGAUCUGCUUUGAGAGAGUCAACUCGGCAGGCGACCCCUACGGCAACUGCGGCAAAGACGCCAAGAGCUCCUUCGCCAAGUGCGAGACGAGGGACGCCAAGUGCGGGAAGAUCCAGUGCCAAGGGGGUGCCAGCCGGCCGGUCAUUGGCACCAACGCCGUCUCCAUAGAAACGAACAUCCCCCUGCAGGAAGGGGGCCGGGUCCUGUGCCGCGGGACCCACGUGUACCUGGGCGACGACAUGCCGGACCCGGGGCUGGUGCUGGCCGGCACCAAGUGCGCGGACGGAAAAAUUUGCCUCAAUCGUCGGUGUCAAAACAUCAGCGUGUUUGGUGUGCACGAGUGUGCGAGGCAGUGCCACGGCCGAGGGGUGUGCAACAACAGGAAGAACUGCCACUGCGAGGCCCACUGGGCGCCCCCCUUCUGCGACAAGGUCGGCUUCGGAGGAAGCACAGACAGCGGCCCCAUCCGGCAAGCAGGUCACCGCGGCCUCACGGCCGGCGUCCUGGCCAGCAUCCUGUGUCUCCUCGCGGCCGGACUUGCGGUUUAUCUCAAAAGGAAGACGCUGGUCCGACUGCUGUUUACAGACAAGAAGACCCUUGAGAAGCUAAGGUGCGUGCGCCCGGCCCGGCCCCCCGGCGGCUGCCAGCCCAGCCAGGCCCCCCUCGCGCCCCUCAGCCAAGGUGUGAUGAGGAAGCCAGCGCCGUCCAGCUCAGCCACGGACAACCCCAAGAGGCCGCCGCAGUGUCAGAACGUUGCCAUCAGCAGGCCCCUGCAGGCCCUGGGCCGCCCCCGGCCCCCGUCCCCGCAGCGAGUGCUCCCGACCCUCCACCAGGCGCCCCGCACGCCCAGCGUCCCUGCCAGACCCCUGCCGGCCACCCCUGCCCUCAGGCAGGCCCAGGGGACCCGGAAGCCCAGCGCCCCUCAGAAGCCCCUGCCCGCAGUGCCUCUGAGCAAGACGGCCCGGCUCGCCCCCGCCCCCGCCCCCGCCAGCGCCCCAGGCCCGGAGUCGGGGCUCCGCCUGGCACCCCUCAGCUUAGUGAACCUGGGCGGCCACGCCUGGUGGGACUGUGGAGGGGACGGGACUUUCUGCCCGGGGCUCGUGGGAGCGCAGUCCCCAGCUGGCCAGGCUGUGGUCAGGGCUCCAGAGGCCCCGGGGUACCCGGCCCCUGCAGGCCAGAAGGGGGGCUUCCGGGGCCCUGGCACAGCUGAAAGGCGGCCCCUCGAAGCCCGGGCUGUCUGCCUGGGGAGCCAUGUGCACAAGGACAUCCUGCAGACGCCGUGUCCAGCAGCAGGCGAGGUCCAGUGCCGUGUGCCUCACUGUCCCCUGGAGGGGCCACGGCGGCCGUUUUCAGGGCCUGAAGCGGAGACAGAGCGGCCCAAGAACCUCGGUCUGCCGUCCAGGGAACGAGGCUGUCUCGAGCUCCCCCUGCCCCCGCCGUAUCUAGGCAACACAGUACUCAGGACCGUGGGUGAGGACCGGGGGCCUGACCGUGGCGCGGUCAGUGCUGCGAUCGUCCACCGCGUCAUCGCCGGCCCGGACGGCUGCACCGACGACACAGCCUUAUCCCUGGGCACCAGCCUAACCUCCCCUGACCGUGCCCACGUGGUAUUAAAGGAACAGUACUUCCCAGAUGCAAUGGUGGGGACAAAAGUCAACGCUUACGUUUCCACAGCAGCCCAUGUCUCACGCUGUGUAGUUCUACGGGUGUGA